AUGAAAACUUCAGCAACGAUCUCUUCGAAUCGUCGUUGUCGUACAGAUAGAAUUACAAGGCUUGAACAAGUCUCACCAGAGAUUUUCUUCGAAAUUUUCGAUUAUCUAACAGGUAAUCAAAUUUAUAUAUCUUUUCUUGGUCUCAAUAGACAAAUCAAUCAGCUUGUUUACAAUACACCUAAUGUUCAUUUGGAUUUAUCUCAAACAACAACAAAAUUUUAUCGUAAUUUUCAACGAAUAUUUUAUGUGCAAAAUGUUGUUUCGGUUAUAUUAGGCUUUGAUGAUGUCAACUUAUUAGAAAGAUCAUUCAGUUCAACUGAUGGAAGACGAUUGAAAUCAAUUUCUCUGUUAGACUUACCUCUAUAUACAUUUCAAACUAAAGUACCCGAAAUAUUAAGCAUUUUCAAACAGCAAUUAGUCAGUCUCAAGAUUAAUUUAAUGAAUAUGGGAUCCCAUGGAACUGGAGCUCAAACUGCCCAAUCCUUCGAAUAUAUACUCACAGAGUUACCAUUAUUAAAAUAUUUUGUAUUGAACGGCUCCGAUGAAAUCAAUCCAAUAACAUAUUUAGAUUCAAGUAUUGUCAAUAAUACUGUCGUAAGUUUAGCAAUGUCUUUAAGUGGCUAUGUGCGUUGGAUAUCAUUAUUGUAUCGAUUUGAAAAAUUGAAAGUACUCACAGUUGAUUUCCGUUUUCAACAUCAGAAGAAAAGAAUGGCUCCUCGAGAUUCCAGUUCGUAUUAUGGAGCUCAGAUACAAGAAAUAUUAUCGAUCGAUUAUUCUUUUCGACUUCGUCACGUCAAAAUCUAUCAAUGCAAUAUGAUAUUGGAAAACGUUGAACAAUUGUUUCAACUCUUUAUUUCACCAACCUUAUUAACUCUGAGCUUAUUUAAUUGUCAACGUCCUUUUACGAGAUAUCCGCUACCGAAGAGAAAACCUCCGUUUCUCGAUGGUACACAAUGGCAUGAUUUGGUGAAAAAAUAUUUGCUAUCAACGAUGAAACGAUUCUAUAUUGAGUACGAAGAUGUCGAUAAUACAAUGUCCAUGACAAAUCUUGUCCGAGUUAAAAAUGAAUGUAUGAAAUAUAGUGGACAAAAUUUACCAUGGAAAACAUUUUGUUCAUAUGACCAAAAAACAAGAUUACUUUCUUUUGAUUUCAUUUUUACUUAA